GUAAGUCAUUUAUCCAGAACAUUCCGACUACUCUCUCCCUGAGCUUCGGCCAUGGCGGUUCGUCUCGCGAGGUCAUUGGCUGCGUCACCCUCGUCACGUCCAUCGUGUUUAUCCCUCGGAAAUCGCUUCUCAGCCUCAGAUAUCACUUCAUCUGCGAUUAACGGCGGCGAGUUUUCUGAUUUCGUUAGAGCUUUCGCCUUUUAUUCGUCUUCGUCCUCUUGGUGGUCGUCUCCCGAUGAUUUGACGGCGUCAUCGAAGAGGAAAGAGAAGAAGACUACAGAGCGUUUCUCUGCCGUGAUUGACGCAGUCCAUGACCGGAAACUCCCGCCGGAGCUACGUGGGCGGCGCGAUUUCGUAAGGUCCAAGCGCAAUUCAAAUUCACUGUUUCCAUGGUUUUGCGGUGGAGUUUUUGCAAGGCAAUUCAGUUCAGAGACUAAGCGAGUUAACACCAAAGUCAAUUUCUCUCUGUCUGAUGAUGAUUCAGAUGAGGAAACUGAAACUCAGGUUACUGAAGAUUCAAAGAAGCAGGAGCCUCCACCUCCUCCGUAUGACCCUUUCAGCAAGAAACCGGCGAUUGAGGAACCAGAGGAUCCUAAGAAUCUCCAAGAAAUAUUCCACAAGAUGAGAACAGAGGGUUUUACUAAUGAAGCUGUGAAAAUGUUUGAUGCGUUGUCUAAAGAUGGCCGCACACAUGAGGCGUUAGAGCUCUUCUCUCAGAUUAAAGAUAAGAAUCGAAUGCCAGACGUGGUGGCUCAUACUGCUAUUGUUGAGGCCUAUGCUAAUGCAGGCCAGGCCAAGGAGACUCUCAAGGUUUUCAUGCGUAUGCUCGCCAGUGGUGUUUCGCCUAAUGCCUAUACGUAUUCAGUUUUGAUCAAAGGGCUUGCAGCGGAUGGUAAAACACAUAAGGAUGCGAAGAAGUACUUGUUGGAAAUGAUGGGAAAUGGCAUGAGCCCUAAUGCUGCCACUUACACUGCAGUGUUUGAAGCUUUUGUAAGAGAGGGAAAAGAAGAAUCAGCUAGAGAAUUGUUGCAAGAAAUGAAGGGAAAGGGUUUUGUGCCUGAUGAGAAAGCUGUGAGAGAGGCUCUCGAAUAUAAAAGAGGCCAAGUCUUUAGGACUGUCAUCAACCUUUUAUUUGAUAAGUAGUUGUAGUGUUUGGUGAUCUUUCAAUAGGUAGAACAGCUGGCCUUUAUGCGAUGCGUCUGAGUAUGUUGCUGAGUCUUUUGUUUUUUAGAUGUUGACACAAUUGCGCAGUAGCUUUAUGUUUUUCCGUGGAAUAUAUGACAUUUUGUUGUCAGAGAAGCUUAGCUUGUUGCUUUUUUCUUGCAUUGUGGUUUUAUUAAUCUCCCAGAUGAGAUUCUUCUUCUUGUGAAAUAUGUUAUUGAUUUGACCUGCUUGUAACGGAUACUAACAUGGGAUGAUGUUGCAGGUCAGAGACUGAUAUAAUCAACGUGGUCGAGCAAAGGAUAUGGCAUUCAAUGGAAGAAGGCCACUUUGAGAACUUACCCGGUAAAGGCAAACCCUUGAACCUCCAUACAAAUCCUCACGCAGACCCAGCGGAGGAUACAUUGUAUCGGAUUCUUAACAAGAACGGGUUUGCUCCCGAAUGGGUGGAGCUCAACAAAGAGAUAAGAAACAAAGCAAAAGAAUGGAGAGUUUCACUGAAGAAAGCAUGGACAAUGAAACUCGAGGAAGACCAAUCGGGAUGGGAAGAGAGAUCAGAUUUGCUGAAAAACGAAUUGAAACAAAUCAAUAACAUGGUAUUCAGGUACAAUCUGAUCGUUCCUUUCGGCCGUCAAAUGUUUGGACUGAAGUGGGAGAAAGAGAUUGAUCGCUUGAAAGAAUAACAUCUUCAGAAGCCAAAAGGUUGGUCACACUACUAUGUUCUUGUGUUUGUAGUAUAUCUAUUGAUAGUAUACGAGUCAAUGUGGCUAUUGGUGCUUAGGCUAGAUAUAAAAAGAAUAAGAAACAAGUGUUUGAGUUGUUUCAUGUAUGUUGUAUCCAUCAAAUACUCUCUUGAAAGAUAAUUAUAGCUAAGAAAGAAGUCUUUAGGGAUCAAAUCACGUUCUUUAAUUUGAAUAAUUUCUCUAAAUGAGUAGGCUAAUGGAAGUCAACGAAUCAAGUAAGAUUGAAAAGAAAAAAAAAAACUCUUUUUUGCUGAAAAAAGAAAGAAAUCGAAUCUUAUUUUAAGUUUUUUCCGUAUUA